AUCCGGAUAUCGGUGUUAAAUGCGACUCCGGAGGACACUAGUUGCCUUCCUCCCGUUGAAGUAAAGUGAAGCUCAACUGUAACUAACCCGAGCGCCACCAUGCAGGGAAAUGUUGGCGUCUACGCGGUGAAGAGGAGGAAAAAGCCCAUUCAGAAGAAUGCCGCGCCUCCGCCCGUGAAGACCAAUCCGUCCAAGCGGCAUCGGGACCGCCUCAAUGUGGAGCUGGAGCGGCUGACCGGCCUGCUGCCGUUCUCAGAGGAGAUCCGCAACCGUCUGGACAAGCUGUCGGUGCUGCGGCUCAGCGUGGGAUACCUCAAAGUCAAGAGUUACUUCCACACGCAGCGCAGGAAAUGCGCGGGGCUCCGCCCCCCCGACGGCGACGGGCGGUCGGUGUCGCUGGACGGCGUGGGCUUCUCUGAGGGCGAGUUCCUCCUGAAGUCGCUCAACGGCUUCGUCAUGGUGGUGACGGGCGACGGCACCAUCUUCUACACCUCGCCCACCAUCCAGGACUUCCUCGGCUUCCAUCAGUCCGACAUGGUGCAGCAGAGCGUCUUUGACCUGGUCCACAUCGACGACAGAGAAUUGUUCAACUGCCAGCUGAAGCUCGGCGUCCACCUGGGCGAGACCGCGGCGGACGCCCUGACACAGAGCAGCUCGUUGAGUCUCCAGCCUCCGGAGAAGCCCUUCUUCCUGGAGAGGAGCUUCUGCUGUCGCCUGCGCUGCCUUCUGGACAACACCUCCGGAUUCCUGGCUUUAAAAUUCUCCGGCCAUCUGAAGUACCUGCGGGAGGACGGCGGCCCCGAGGGGAAUCCUCUGCUGGCCCUGUUCGCCGUGGCCACGCCUCUGCAGCCGCCGCCCGUCAUGGAGAUCCGCACCAGGACUCUCAUUUUCCAGACCAAACACCGGAUGGACUUUGCCCCCAUGGCCGUGGACACCAGGGGCAAACUGGUGUUGGGUUACUCUGAAACGGAGCUGAUCACCCCGGGUUCCGGCUAUCAGUUUGUUCACGCCGCCGACAUGAUGUACUGCGCCGACAACCACCUCAAGAUGAUCAAGACGGGAGACAGCGGCUUCACUUUCUUCCGGCUGCUCACCAGGACGGCGCAGUGGUUGUGGGUGCAAGCCACCGCCCGCGUGGUCUUCAAAGACGGACGGCCCGACUUCAUCAUCGCCCGCCAGAAGCCGCUCACGAACGAAGAGGGAGAGGAGCACCUCCAGGCGAGAAGACGGCAACUGCCCUUCAACUUAGCCACGGGAGAAGGCGUCCUGUAUGACCUUUCCCUGGAUGACUUCACCGUCCCGGCCGCGGCCGGCGCCGAGGCAGAAAGUCCUCUGGAUCCCAGUUCCCUCUUAGGAUCCUUACACCGGCAAGACCGCUCGCUUUAUUCCCGGGAGCCCGCCCCCCGCCUCGCCGACUUCUCCCAAGUAGACGAAAUCGACCCGGAGCAGCCUCUGGAGCGAGCCUUCUCGGACAGCCGCGCGCUGCUCAGCGUUCCGGGUCAGCUGGAAGAGACGCGCGGCUCUGCGUCGCACCCCGUGCUGGACUCGCUGGAGCGGAUCCUGGGAGAGCUGGGUGACGGCGGCCUGGACGAUCUGGAGGUGGAGGGACGCGAGCUGAGGGAGUGGGAGAACACGCUGCUCAGGAUGAACCAGAACCGGGACUUGGAUCACAUCCUGGCCAGCGAUGUCUUUGCCUAUGUGGAGGAGGCCCUGGGAUUGAAAACCGCAGGAGGCGAAAGCGCUCUUCAGGCUUCCCCCGACCCUGACAGCUUGUUAGACUUUGGGCCAGAAGUUCUUUCGGGCGUGUUGUUUUCCGGUGCGGAACCCCCUUCUGACUCUCAUCUUGGACACUGGCCUACGAGCGACACGCCUUUCCGCCGCGGCGUUCCCUCCCGCUCCUGCCGUUUUGAGACGGCUUGGCGACCUUCAACGGUGACCCCCGACAGCGACCUAGGGGGCGCCCACUCGAAUCCCUCCCAACAGGCCGCCUGGCCCCGCCCCCGCACGGACGCAAGCGGCCCACAGUUUUACGGCAGCUGCAUGUAUGAACACUUGGCCAAUUCUGGCCCCGGUCCCCCCCAGGCCCCCCCGUACAUGAUGGGACUUUCCCACGUCAGCGCUCCGAGCGCAGGCUACGCCCUGCCGCACGAGGUCGGAGAAGCACGGCCCCCCGACGCAGCGGCCCGCCAGACGCAGCUUCCCGCCCUCGGCGAGGCCUGGGAAACGGGAGCGUCCCGACCGGAACGUCACGCUGAAAACGGAGCGUUGGAGUCGACCUUCUUCUGCUGGAACGGUCAAGCCCAGAGGCCCAAAGAUCCCCUGAACCCGUACUCCUUCCCGGUGCAUCCGCCCGGGAUGGUCAGCCUGCCCCGGAACAGCGGCCUCUAGACACCCAGGCGGGCGCAGCUCGCCGCUCGGAAUGCCGCCCGGAACGGCGCCACCUCUUGGAGAGGAAAGAAAAGCCGCCUCAUUUCAAAGGGACUCCAUCUCUGCUGCGUUUUAUGCUCCUUUCACAAAGGCCGAGGGAUGUCACGAGAAGGCCAUCCUAUAUAAUAAGUCAUAGCGACGACAUAUUUGUAUAGCCACAUUCAAACGUUUCACUCAACUCUUCGGACUCGCUUGUCAAGCGUCGGCGUAUAUUCAGACAUGUACUCAUGCAGGUGAUCGACGCUAUUCAGGCAGCUAAAGGAAGAGAGCAAACGUCGGCGUCAAACGUGAUCUCUGCCGACAAGCCUUGUGCUUUAUAUUCUUGCUUUUCUAUUAAACACAACCUCAGUGAAUGGAA